UUACAGCGGUAUACUGCUUAUGUAAUUCUAGCUCUUUCAAGAUACUGGAGAAGCUGCUGUUAUUGUGGAAUCCAAAAUGGCCAAUGACAUACAGAGUUUCUCUGAGUUUUUCGCAACCCUUGGUUGGCCGACAAUUAUGAUAUUCGUGGCAAUGUUGUUGUUAGGUCUGUGGAUGCUGUCGUCGAGGAAUCCUCGGGUGAACUGGCCGCCCGGACCUGUCUGUUUCCCCGUGGUGGGAUGUCUCCCUCAGCUGAUGAUCAGCGGUAAAAGACGACAACCGACAGAUCUUCUUCCAUGGUAUGAUACAUACGGAGAUAUCAUGCACAUCAAACUUGGUGAACAACACAUGAUAAUGCUGGGCACAUAUGAGUUGAUAGAAGAGGCUUUCGUGAAGAAUGCAGCUACAGUCAGUGCUAGGCCUACCUGGGCAUAUUACAUAAGACGAUUAGUCGGAAAAGACGGUGCUGGAGUUAUCUAUAAAAACGGACACGCAUGGAAGGAGCUGAGGAGAUUCACACUCUCGUCUCUUCGAGAUUUCGGCCUUGGGAGAAAAAGUUUACAAGAGAAAAUUCAGGAUGAGGCCAGAUACUUGGUGCAAAACAUUGAAAAUGAAAAUGGAAAGGCUUUCUCUCCCAGAGACAGGAUUGGGAAAGCUGUCAGCAACAUUAUUUCUAUCGUAGUGUUUGGAGCUAGAUAUGACUAUGAAGACACCCCAGAGAUGUUGCCAGUUUUGGAGGAAUCAGUGAGAAUGAACAAAGGAGGACCACUGGCCUUUACCAAUUUGGCGCGCUUCUUUUUUCCGAAAAAGAAAUUCGCCCUCGUGGAUAAAUUAUAUUGUUUGAUAAGACAGGAAGUGGAACGACACCGUCAGUCCUUUGAUCCCACUGACAUCCGGGACUUCAUUGACCUCUAUAUAAAGGUCACCCAAGAGAGACUAGAUUCAAAGAUUUUCACUGAAUGGAACGUAUUCCGCAUCAUCUUUGAUCUAUAUUUGGCUGGAACCGACACAACAGCUAAUACUUUGAGAUGGUCCCUGGUUCAUAUGGUAAAUCACCCGGAUGUACAGAAGAGGGUGCAGCAAGAAAUUGAUCAGGUCAUAGGUCAAGGUCGUGUUGCCAAGAUGGAGGACAAAGCCAGGAUGCCGUUCACUGAAGCAACCAUAUUGGAGGUCUUUCGCAUGUCUCCUGUUGGUAAGUAA